CACACACUGGACUCAACACUCCUUCAUUUCUUCUCCUGAUGCACAGACCACAGAAGAUGCUACAUGUGCAAGUUGUGGGUAUCCUAUAGCGAAUGACUGCAAGGUAUACAAGAAUCUGGCAUGAUGAGUCCAUUCACCGACAGACACUUAGUUUAAUGUACUUCUUUUUAGCAGUGAUAGAACCUCAGCCACAAAAUGAACACAUCACUUUGGCCUUCACUUAUUCCAAACUCCUCUUUCACACCCAUCAACCACAGCGAGGAGUUGAACUGGUCACCAGGAGUGUCAGGAAAUUGCGAGCAGGUCCACAUCGCCCCUGAGUUUUUCCUCACUCUGGGCCUGCUAAGUCUGUUGGAGAACAUUCUUGUUAUUGUUGCCAUAGUCAAGAACAAGAACCUUCACUCUCCUAUGUACUUUUUCAUCUGCAGUCUGGCUUUGGCAGAUAUGUUAGUAAGUGUUUCUAAUGCAUGGGAGACUAUAGUGAUCCAUCUCCUGGCUAACAGGAGGUUAGUUGUAGAAGAUCACUUCAUUCGUCAGAUUGAUAACGUAUUCGAUUCUCUCAUUUGCAUUUCUGUGGUAGCUUCCAUGUGCAGUCUGUUAGCUAUUGCUGUGGACCGCUAUAUCUCCAUAUUUUAUGCACUGCGUUACCACAGCAUCAUGACUGUGAAGCGAGCACGUAUGAUCAUUGGUGGCAUUUGGAGCUUCUGCACUGGCUGUGGGAUUGUCUUCAUUGUUUACUCUGACACAACACCAGUAGUGGUUUGUCUGGUGGCUAUGUUCUUGGCCAUGCUGCUCUUAAUGGCAUCUCUCUACAGCCACAUGUUCAUGCUGGCUCGAUCCCACGUGAGACGCAUGGCAUCGCUGGCCGGUUCCAAUGCCUCCAUCCAGCAGCGGGCCAGCUUGAAAGGAGCCCUCACUCUUACCAUCCUUUUGGGUAUCUUCAUUGUGUGCUGGGUGCCGUUCUUUCUUCACCUCAUCCUUAUGAUCUCCUGUCCAAAGAACCUGUACUGCAUCUGCUUCAUGUCCCACUUCAACAUGUACCUGAUUCUUAUCAUGUGCAACUCUGUGAUCGAUCCUCUGAUCUAUGCGUUGAGGAGCCAGGAGAUGAGGCAGACCUUUAAGGAGAUCAUCUGCUGCUACAACCUUCGCAACAUCUGUAGCUUGUCCAGCAAAUACUGAAUAGAACCCUCAACUUUGCCUCCAUCAUCAUGCAGCUCAGACAAAGACAAAUAAAAAAGAAAACAGGACUGCACAACAUUCAUCACAUAAUUGUUAAUCGUACAGAAACUUUAGAACUGCAUUGGUUUUCCAUAUCAUGCUGCUAAGAAAAAUGCCUCAGAACUCAGAGGCCCACCACUGAUUUUCUUUUCUAUUCAAGACUAGAAUCCCAAUACCAAUAGUUAGAUUUUUCUUGUGUAUUUAAAAAGGUAGGGAGAGACACUUUUUUUUUUACAGAAAUAAGACAUCAAUUACAAUAGUUGCAGUGAUUAGUGGUCCAAAGAAGGACACUAAGUGAACUGGUGCCAGGAUGUCCACUGCUCAAAGUGGCUACAAUGGCCAGUGAGCAUCAGUGCUGGACCUUAGAGCAACGAAAGAAGGUAGUCUGGUCUGAUGAAUCACAAUUUCUUUUACAUCAUGUGGAUGGCUGGAAGUGUGUCAUUUUCCUGUAGAAGAAAUGGCACCAGGAUACACAAUGGGAUGAAAAUAAGCAGGCAGUGUGAAACCUUGGGUCCUGGCCUUUAUGUGGAUUUUAAUUUGACACAUAGCACCUACUGAAACAUUUUUGCAGAGACCAGGUACCCUUCAUUUUCCAGCAGUAUUCCCUAAUGGCAGUGGCUUUUUUUCAGCAGUAUUAUGCACCCUACAACACCGCAAAAACUGUUAAAGAAUGAUUGCUGAACAUAUAACUAUGGCAAAACCUAGUUUUCUUUUGUAUUGAUUUCCUGAUUGCUUCUAUUCAUUCUGAUUGCUUGUUUUCUUUUUUUCCUGGUUUCUUUUCCCUAAUAUGUUUGACUAGUUUUUUCUGUAAUCACACAUCUGUUUACUUACUUUCUAGCAUUGAAGACUUUCUAGGUGUUUAUCUAAAUUCCUAACUAAUCUAACUAAUCUUCCUAACGAAUACUUCUUAAAAUCCAUGAUCUGUUGUUACGCACACUUUUAUCAAAGUAGUUUGUGUUGUGACUGCUAACUAUUAAUGUUUGUCAUGUCAACACUGGAAUCAGAGUCCAACUACAAUUCCCAGAGCACAGUGCUGCCUGCAAACAUGGCUGCUGAGGAACACAACACCCACACACCACACGUUCACAGUCUCUACAACUGGACUCUCUCUCUCUCUCUCUCUCUCUCUCUCUCUCUCUCUAUCUCUCGCUCUCACACACACACAAAGUAUAUAAACACUCACAUUCCACUGACUUUUUGUGAAGUAUUUGUUCUGUGUAUCUGUACCAGUCGGCCAAGCCUUUUUGGCUGAUUGCUCUUCUGGUUUUGAUCUAGUUUCUGGUUUUCUUGUUUUUCACUUGCCUGCCCCAGUUAAUGUUGAUUGUACAUCGCCUGCCCCUUGUUUGAAUCCUGAGCUUUUCUCUGGAUUACCUCUCUGUUUGCUUUGUCAUGUUUAAUAAAAACACUGAACACCUGCAUUUGAGUGUAUACCUGCAUCGUGACAACUGUGAUAAGGCAGAUGUGGUUAGUUAGAUGUCACAGGGAAAGAAAUGCAAACAGCAUAUUAUUUGAGGCAGAUGAUGUUGUGUACUUCCACUUCCAAACUUUUAGUAGAUUUAAUGAUUUAUAACUUACACAUUAUCCUGAUUGAAGUUGUACUUCAACUUUUAAUGAGAGUAAAAUAAUAUUUGAAUAAUUAUACUUUUACUCGAGUAUCAGAUUGUGUUACUUUUACCACCACUGGACUGGACUACUUUUUUAUUUUUUCAAAGUUACUUCAUUUUGAUUACCUUGUGUGUGUGUUUUUUUCUUUAGUGGCCUCUGUAAAACACACAGCCAAAGGUAUUUCAUUAUUUCCUGAAACACUUUUUCAUCUGCUGGAGUCAUUUCUUUUACCAGUAAUGUUGUGUAACAUUAGUUCUGUGGGAACUGAUGUAGAUUUUGUGAUGUAACAUUGUGAUAUAUAGUAUAUUGUGUUAGUGUUGUGUAUAGUGAAUGUACAGUACAAGGUGCUGAUGUAUAAUUAUGGACAAAAAUUUACUGUCAGUCAGAAUUGAAUGUAAGUAAUGAAACAUGCAUGAAAGUUUUUUUUUUUUAUUACAUUUCUUUAUUAUAAUAAUACUAUAAUUGUUCGAUAAUGCAGUACAUUUGUUAGAUGUUGUAUUGUAAUUUGUUGCCAUAUUGCAGUAAUGAGAAAACUUCAAGUUUAAUUCUAUAGAUCCAAAAAAUCUAGUAAAAAGUGUGAUAUAAAUAUAUGAAUAUUCUUUAAAAUGACUCAGUCAUUAUUUAAGUAUAUAUAGUUAUCCAAAGCAAGAACAGGA